AGCCCGAGGCUUGCGAGCUCGGAGGAGAAUCGAAGAGAGUUGGCCUUUGUCUCCCCGAUGAAGAGCCUGGUUGAGCAGGAUAUGAUGAAGAGCCUUCUCCGAUUCUUCUCACCGCUGAUGCUGCUCGGUAUGCAGGGCCCGGGCUUCGAAGCUGCCGCAGUGUGAAAGCUAGCAUAUGUUUGUUUGGCGCCUACCAGAGCAGGCCGCACUGGCCAUGUUCUUACUGGUACUAUGUAUGGGGCAAUAUUGGAGCGUCUUCCGUUGAGAACGUUGCCGCAAUGACCUGCUUCGAGGAUGUCGAGACGCUCAUGGUGAACACCACCCUCACCCUCCCCUCUCUCGCCAUUGACAUUACCCAACCACCCAUUCCGGACGAACCAACGACCCGUUGGCUCAACAACUUUACAUCCAAUUCCGGAUACGACAUCUUCACUAAUAUCACAUCGGGAGGGGCGAUCUCCAACCAAACGAUCUUGCAAGACUUCUUUCAGAUCCUCGUCGCAGGCAAUGCACCACCACCUCUCGCCGCCUUCUCCGAACCAAGCCUAGCUAUAAACAUGAGCGAUGCAAUCCUGCAUCUCCACAAGGUGCUGAAGGCGCAGGUAUACGGUUAUAGCGGUGCCGGGUCUCUUCGCAUCAACACCACAGACCAAUCGACCCUCACCGGCACGGCGUCAAACCUUAAUCGCGAACGCUUGGUGCAGAGCGUUGCGUCAACAAGGAUCUUGCAGACUCUGUUGGUGAUCAUGGUGCUGUGUAUCUUGACCCAGAGUUUUCUGAUCGAUACGCGUGAGGUGCUUCCCAAGGAUCCGAGGAGUGUGGCCGGGCUUGCGAGCUUGCUUGUUGGAAUUGGCUGAAAGAUGGGAUAAGAGGGAGGAACAUGGAGGAGAUCCUUUCAAGGGACAUUUGUUUGGGAUGGGUUGGUGUGAAAGUUCGAGAGGGAGUGACACUUCAAUGACGGACCGUGGGAUUGCUAGGAAGAGGG